AUGCAUACAACCACUACCAAGCUCCUGCUCAUAUGCGUCCUAGCUGCCGCCAAGUUGCCGGCCUCCGAUGCACUUCAGCUCAGGCCGGCCGGCGGCUCGGUCGGCGCAAGCUGCAUACCGCGGGAGCGGGACGCCCUGCUGUCCUUCAAGCGCGGCAUCACCAGCGACCCCAUGGGUGUUCUUGACUCUUGGCACAAGAAAGACUGCUGUCAGUGGAGGGGCGUCAAGUGCAGCAACCGGACCAGCCAUGUCCUUAGGCUUCAUCUUCGUAAUCUGUCUCCAGAGACAGGUUUGGUUGGCGAGAUAAGUAAUUCUUUGCUGUCCAUGGAUCGUCUAGUGCACCUUGAUCUUAGCAUGAAUUAUCUCGAGGGCCCAAGUGGCCGCAUGCCAGAGUUCUUGGGCUCUUUGACGAGAUUGAGAUAUCAUAACCUCUCCGGCAUACCAUUUUCUGGCAGAGUACUCCCUCAGCUCGGCAACCUCUCAAACCUUCAGCAUCUUGACCUCUCAGGCCAAUCAUACCCAUAUAUGUACUCAAAAGAUAUUUCAUGGGUAGCACGCAUCCCUAAUUUGCAGUAUCUUGGAAUGAAUUCAGUAAACCUCAGCACGAUAGUUGAUUGGCCUUAUGUUGUCAACAUGAUUCCUUCUUUGAAGGCCCUCAAUCUUCGGUCUUGCUCUCUUCCAACUGCAAAUCAGUCGCUCCCACAUCUUAACCUUACCAAACUCGAGAGGCUUGAUCUCUCCGGUAACAUCUUUGCACACCCGAUGGCAAGGGGUUGGUUUUGGAAUUUGACAGGCCUCCAGCAUCUCUACCUUGCCGGAACUAAACUAUACGGUCAAGCUCCUGAUGCACUGGCACAUAUGACAUCCCUUGAAGUCAUUGAUUUGUCAUUUAAUCGUAACAUGGGGACGAUGACUACAAGCUUCAAAAACCUAUGCAGUCUGAAAAUUCUGGACCUUUCUUGGUGUCAAAUUGUUGGAAAUAUAAAGGAUAUUAUAGGGAGGAUGCCACAGUGUCCCUUGAACAAACUGCAAGUGUUGCGUUUGGGCUACAACAAUAUCAGCGGAAACAUGCCGGAUCAGACAGCACACUUGACCACCUUAGUAGUUCUUGAUAUCUCUGUGAACAACCUAAAUGGAGGCAUACCGCACGGGGUGGGGCUGCUCUCUAGUUUAAGCAGACUUGAUCUCUCUUCCAACAAUCUCAGUGGACCUGUGCCAUCUGAGAUCGGCAUGCUCGGCAAGUUGACCAUGAUAAAUCUUGAAGGCAACAACUUGACUGGUGAUUUCACUGAAGAACAUUUUGCAAGUCUAACGAAGUUAAAGUCGCUGUAUUUAAGUGGGAAUUCCUUGAGGAUUACAGUUGAUCCUGAUUGGAUACCACCCUUCAGUUUAGAAGAAGUAGAACUUUCCUCUUGCCAAUUAGGCCCUUCAUUUCCUGCAUGGCUUCAGUUCCAAGUGGAUGCUCUCCGGGUGGAGUUAUCAAGCACAGGUAUAGUUGAUAGGCUUCCUGACUGGUUCAACACUACAUUUGCAAAGGUCACAUAUCUACACAUCUCCAACAAUGAAAUCAGUGGUAGGUUGCCACGAAACAUGGAAUGCAUGUCGCUGCAAUUUUUCUUUAUCAAUUCAAAUAAACUAACUGAUGAAAUCCCGAACUUACCAAGAAAUAUUACCUUCUUGGACAUGUCCAAAAACUCCUUAACUGGAAAUUUGCCAUCAAACAUUGGGACUCCGGAUUUGAUUUCAUUUGUGCUGAUCUCCAAUCAAAUAACUGGUCAUAUUCCCGAAUCUCUCUGCAAAGCGGAAGCCUUGUAUGCCUUGGACUUACGCAACAAUCUUCUUGAGGGACAACUUCCUCAGUGUUUUGGAGUGAAGAACAUUUCCUUUCUCAUGUUGAGUAACAAUAGAUUCUAUGGCAACUUCCCAUCGUUUCUAAAACAUUGGAGAAAAUUGACGUUUCUUGAUCUAUCACGCAAUAGUUUUUCCGGAAGGUUGCCAUUGUGGAUUGGAGAUUUGAAUGCAUUACGAUUUCUGCGGCUAAACCAGAAUAUGUUUUCUGGAGAAAUCCCACCUACCAUCUCAGAUCUUAGUCGCCUUCACCAUUUGAACCUAGCAGGCAAUGGCUUAUCCGGUGCCAUACCGUGGGACCUAUCAAAUGUGACAGCCAUGACAAGAAAGUAUGUAAAGGAUCCUAUGCUUGACUCAUAUCCUUAUGGUGGUUACUCGUAUAUGUUCUAUACAUAUAAUUUCUCCUCAGUGGUCGUUAAGGGACGUGAACUUGAUUAUGGUAUUGGCGUUUUGGAUUUGGUGAGUGUUGACUUAUCUUUCAACCAACUAACUGGGAGAAUACCAGAAGAAAUAGCUGCUCUUGAUGCAUUGAUGAACUUGAAUCUAUCGUGCAACCAGUUGAGUGGGAAAAUCCCAAAUAAGCUUGGGGCCUUGCAGGCAUUGGAAUCACUUGACCUCUCAAGGAACAUGCUUUCCGGCGGAAUACCUUCAAGCCUAUCAGAUUUAACCUAUUUGAGCUACUUGGACAUGUCUGAUAACAAUCUAACAGGGAGAAUACCACCAGGAAGUCAGCUUGACACCCUCUAUGCACAGGAACCUUCCAUGUACAGUGGCAACAGUGGUCUUUGUGGGUCUCCUCUUCCAAACAGUUGCCCAGGAAAGAAUGUAACAAGGGAAGAUGAUGAAAAAGGGAAUGAACAUUCCUUUGAGCCAAUGACCUUUUACUUUGGACUCGCUCUGGGAUUUAUUCUGGGACUCUGGGUGGUGUUCUGUGUCUUGUUGUUUAAGAGAGCAUGGGGGACUGCUUAUUUCUGCAUGGUUGACAAGACAUAUGAUCAGAUGUAUGUGUUUGCGGACAUAGUAGGCUGA